GUUCGAACCGUCGAACGAUUAACAUAACCGCGAAUACGCGUAACUCGGUGCAUCGUUCGUCGUGAUAAAAAUGUUUUAGUCUCUAUCGAUCUUUGAGAUAUUUAUCGCAACCCUCGCGUUGCAAACGUCGUGUUAGUGAACACGUGUUGCUCUGCUCGGAUCUACUUAAGCAUCAGUACGAAUGAACGUUUGAAGUGACAAUUGUAGGACAAAGUUCUAGUGAUCGGAAAAUCAGAACGCAUUUCCAGAUAAAAAUAUCACUUCAGACAAGAGAGGUUCCAUAUUACCGCGAGGAUGGAAAAGCAGGGAAAAAUAUACGGACGCCCGAAGGAUUAUCCGAUACCGGACGUAUCCUUGGGACAAUUGCUGCUGGACAAAAUGCGCCAGAAUAUUGACCGGAUCUUUCUAAUAGAUGGACACACCGGCAAUCAUCUGACGAACGGAGACCUGCUCAAGCAGACUGUAAAACUCGCAAGAUUUUUGCAAAGGCACGGAAUCAAAAUGGGAGACAGAAUUUGCAUCGCGAGUGAGAACCGAUUCAAUUGGUGUGUGCCGGUUUACGCGUCGCUUUAUAUCGGCGCUAUAACGACGCCGUACAAUCCCGCGUACACGGAAUGGGAAAUUCGAAACCUGUUGAACAUCUCGAUGCCGCGAAUAGCCUUUGUGUCUCGGCGCACUGAAGGAGUCUUCGCGAAGGUGCAGUCAAGCUUACCCUACAUGGAACUAAUCGAGCUGGACGAUGAGCCGCUCUCAGCCAACGUGCGUACACUGGCGGAUAUCUUGAAUAACGAAGAAGACGAGGAUUUUCUGCGAUACAAUGCGCUCGAUAUUGGUGACAACAACAAACAUCCAGCGGUGAUUCUCAAUUCGAGUGGCACCACGGGAGUGUCGAAAGGGGUGACACUGUCCCACAGGAAUUUAUUAACAUUCUUAAUCGAAUUCUGCAAGCCGGUCUUCUUCAAUAUAACGCCGGACACCCGAUUCUCCCUGUUCCUGCCGUUCUAUCACGGUUACGCGUUCGGCCUGCUGCUGCUGUGCCUGACACGCGGCGCCAGCCUGGUCCUAAUGACUAGCUUCGAGGUGGAACUGUAUCUGAGGUUGAUAGAGAAAUACAAGAUUACCUCUUUGUCGGUCGUGCCGCCGAUCAUGACGCUCCUGGCGAAGCACCCGCUGGUGGGCAGGUGCGACUUUCGCAGCGUGAGAGAAAUCAUCUGCGGAGCAGCGCCGCUCCCGAAGGAACUUAUAAAGACGGUGAAGGCUCGCCUCGGUGUGAAAUACAUAUGCAACGCUUACGGCAUGACGGAGUUGACUAUAGCGACCCACGUGAGCGAUCGCCAAACGGACGACGUCGCUAUUUUGCAUCACAUGAUCGCUGGCAUGUACUCCAAAGUGGUAGACAUCAAGACACUCGAGACUUUGGACGUGGGUCAGACCGGCGAGAUCUGCUUCAAGGGCGAUCAAGUGAUGAUGGGCUACUGGAACAAUCCCGAGAUCACCAAGCAGACCAUCGACGAGGACGGAUGGCUACACACGGGCGACAUUGGCUAUUACGACGAGCAAGGUGCGCUGCACGUGGUCGAUCGGCUGAAGGAGCUGAUCAAGUACAAUGCCUACCAGGUCUCGCCGUCGGAGAUCGAGAUAGUCCUGCUGUCGCACCCCGCGGUGAAGGAGGCUGCAGUCUGCGGCAUACCUGAUCCGCGCAGCGGGGAACUGCCCGCGGCUGUGAUAGUGAAACAGCCUGGCGCCAAUCUCACCGCCCACGACAUUAUGGAAUUUGUCAAACAGAAAUUGUCACCGCAAAAAUGGCUGCGCGGCGGGGUGCAAUUUGUCGACGCUAUACCCAAGAAUCCCACCGGUAAGAUCCUGCGUCGCAAGGUUCAGGCGAUGAUUCUGGCAAUAAUGUCCAAGCUAUAACGAUAGACUCACGUUACUAAAGGAAAAGUAGAUUUGUAUCAAGAAAGGUUUAUUUUCGCUUGUCAAACAGAAUCUAAAAUCUUUUUGUUAGAUUUUAUUAGAUUAUUUUUUAUUAGAUUAUUUUAUUAGAUUAUUUUUAUUAGAUUAUUUUAUUUAACAAGUCGUUAUCGGCCGCAAAUACAUGUUUUAAUUUGUACGAUCUGAGGAGCCACUAAAGUGGCGCAGCGAAGGUUUCGUUAAACUAAAGUUUGCUAAAACCAAAAUGUACUCUUCGAUAAAU